AUGAAUUCUUGUUGUAAUACAUACACAGUUCCACUCUGCAUCUAAAUUGGGAAUCAGGGUUGCCCCAACCUCCUCCAAACUUGAUGAUCCCAUUCCCACGGUACCAUGAUUUGGCACGCUGCGCGAUCCAAUCCAAUCUACUUCCAUCGAACUUGAAUUUAAAUUCCUUCUCGUUUAUUCCAAUCCACAGCGACGCACAUGGAUGUAGAUGGGGGCAACAAGCGUGUCUUCCACCGUCUUGCUGGAGCCACGGCGGCCGACACCAGGCACCACCAAAAAAAAGUGUGCUACCAUUGGCAAGCUGGAAACUGCAACAGACAUCCCUGCCCCUUUCUCCACAGCGCCACCGUCUACGGUAGCACCAUGUCUAGCAAUAAUAAUAAUAAUGGCCGCCGGAGCCAAACUUUUAUGAAUGGCACUUCCACGUGGGGCCAUGGCAGUGGUGGAGGUAAUCAUAGAGCAGUUAGGAAGGCUGAUAAAGUUUGUAAUUACUGGGUGCAGGGGAAUUGUGGUUAUGGUGAGAGGUGUAAGUUCAUUCAUUCUUGGAGUUGUGGGGAUGGUUUCUCUUUGCUGACUCAGCUUGAAGGCCACACCAAGGUUGUGAGUGGAAUAGCUCUGCCUUCUGGUUCCGAUAAGCUUUAUACUGCAAGUAUUGAUGAGACUCUCAGAGUUUGGGACUGCCAGUCUGGACAGUGUACUGCUGAGAUCAAUGUUGGUGGCGAAGUAGGGUGCAUGAUCAAUGAAGGACCUUGGAUUUUUGUUGGUAUACCCAAUUGUGUUAAGGCUUGGAACACUCAAACUUGUAUGGAACUAAGUCUACAAGGCCCUGUUGGACAAGUAUAUGCUCUUGUUGUCAACAAUGAUAUUCUCUUUGCUGGUACACAGGAUGGGUCUAUAUUGGCAUGGAAGUUUAACGUAGUGGUCAAUGUCUUUGAGCCUGCUGCAUCGCUUACAGGUCACUCUCGUGGUGUUGUUUCAUUAGUAGUUGGACCCAAUAGACUUUACUCUGCUUCAAUGGACAAUACUAUAAGAGUGUGGAACCUUGAACAUUUACAGUGUCUACAGAUAUUAACGGAUCACACAUCUAUUGUGAUGUCAGUUCUCUGCUGGGACCAGUUCCUUCUAUCUUGUUCACUGGACAAAACAGUAAAGGUGUGGGUUACUACAGAAAGUGGAAAGUUAGAAGUAACAUACACUCACAAAGAAGAACAUGGUGUGGUUGCUCUUUGUGGGGUGCAUGAUUCACAAGGAAAGCCAAUUUUGCUUUGCUCUUGCACUGAUAAUACCCUACGCCUUUAUGAGUUACCUUCAUUUCUAGAUAGAGGAAAAAUAUUCACAAAACAAGAGAUACGAACAAUUAAGAUGGGGCCUGGUGGCAUAUUUUUCACUGGUGAUGGAUCAGGUCAAGUGAGAGUAUGGAAUUGGAUAAUAGACCCAACCAUUUCCAUCCAAUAAUAAUAAUCCCUUUUGGGUUUUAAUAUUAUAUGUCCAGUCUUGUUACAUUUUGUUAAAUCAUACCCCCAAAAUAAGUUCAAAAAAAAAAAAAAUCUCUUAUCAUUUUGACUCAAGGAUCCUUAAAUUCCAUCUUUAUUAUAUAUCCACUUGAUAAAAUUUUACAUUUAUUUUAACUUCUAUAAUGGUGGUGAUGCAAGUUACGGUUUAGGCC